AUGUUUGCCCGUCUUUCCUUACUCGUAUUGCUCCUCACGGCCAGCUUGUCUGCCGCUUCACCUUCCUCACCUCAAGGCACCCCAACAACUCCACUGCUCAAGAGGACCACACGAACUGCGCUUGCCAAAAAAAGUAACAACAGCACCCCUGUCGCCCGAUCCUUGCCUCUCCUACCUAUCCUCGGACAAAUCUUACCGGUUUCAGCCAAUUUGAAAGUCGAUAUCUGUCUGGAUCUCUCAGUCAAGGUUCUUGGUAUUGCCACUGUCAACGUUUUUGCAACCGCUGCUUUGGCUGCUAGUAUCACAUCGAAAGGAAUUUCAGUCGACGAAUUAGCGGUUGUUCAAGCUUCUCUUGCCGCUGAGUUGGCCGAUGUAGCCCGUGUAUCAACCACCGCUUGGGCAUGCGAACAGGCUUGCACUUCUGAUAUCUGCAGCAGCCAUGCCUUUGAUCGAGUGUCCCGUACUUGCACACUUGCUCCUAAACAGUUGACAACCAGAUCCAACAUCCUCGCGAGACUCAUCGCCCAACUUGGCUUGCUUGGCCGAAGCUCUCCUCGAUACUGUCAACUCUGCUCCCAUCGUUGUUCGGCAGCCAACAGCGCGCCCAGCGCCGCCGCCAGACAACGCAAACGACACAUUAGCACCGUUGGUCACUGUCCCACUGGAUACGAUGCCUGUCCUUUCAGCGCUUUCUCCACCUCUCAAGGUUAUGAAUGUGUCAUCACCCAAGACGAGUUAGAACAUUGCGGUGGCUGUUCCACCACUGGAGAGGGGGUUGAUUGCACCACUGUUGUCGGUAUCAAGAACCCGGGAUGCUCGCGCGGCCAAUGUAUUGCUUUCGAAUGCGAGGAAGGAUACUACCUCUCACCAGAAAAGACCUGUCUCCGACGUAUCUAACCAUUUCGCCGUCUUUUCUCUAAGCCGGAUUUCUCUUCCGAGCCUUCUCCAUUCUUUUAGUCAUAUAUAAGUGUUGUAUUUGUAACAGUUUAGUGCCCCUCUUUAUCCUUGAUCAUUUGAGUCUAGUAUAUCUAUGCGCUUGGGUCUUCUAUAGUUUUUCUCUCAGGGCCAUCGCCGUCUGUUUCAGCAGUCCUUCAUUUACCGAUCGUUCACAUCAAUACAGACAAUGUCAUUUUUCUUGAUUAUCUAACUCUCUACAUUAUUCAAAUCGUA